AUGUUUGAUAUCUUGGCAAAGGCUAAACACAGAGUCCGAACUGGCUUUGGCGACUCGGAUCGGACCUUUGGGCCCACUGGAGAUGUUCCCUUCCAAGGCUGCAGUCAAGGCAACGGCGCAGGCCCUUGCAUCUGGGUUGCAAUCAGUGCCAUCCUCAUUGACGCCAUGGAGGCCAAGGGAUUUGGGUACAAGAGCCAAACUGCCAUCACUAACGAGGAGCUCUUUGCUUUGUACUUCUGCUUUGUGGAUGACACCGAUGUCAUGGAGUCCAACAACAACGUGGAGACGACUGGCGAAGACCUCCUCCCUUCGGUACAAUUGGCUUUGGACCUUUGGUUGGGUGGCAUCAGUGCCACUGGUGGAGCUAUCAACCCGGCGAAGUCCUUCUGGUGGCUGAUUGAUUUCAAAUGGCGGCCGUCCUCUGGCACGUGGGUGCUUCGAAGGAAGGCUGAAAUGCCUGGCGAACUGACCCUCCAAGACCCGACUGGGCCGUGGGCGACACUACGACGCCUCCAACCCGAUGAAGCUGAACGGACCCUGGGAGUCAUGAUGGCCCCACUUGAGACCGGAACUGCACAACACCUUGCCCUGCGGGAGAAGGCCAAGAACUGGGCAGCCAAGUUCCGUCCACAACACCUACUUUGCUAUGACGUCCUUCCCUUGCUCAAGGCAACCGCCUUGAAAACUUUGGAGUACGUGAUGCCCCUUUCCACACUGGGCCGCUCCGACUGGGUGUCCAUCAUGUCACCGAUCCUCCAAGCGAGUUUGCACAAAGCUGGGGUUUGCCGUUCCUUUCCUCGCGUCGUGGUCUUUGCCCCUCUGAAGUACCAGGGAUUGGGUAUCCCCCAUCCUUUCGCCCUUCAAGUCUUCCACCAUCUCAGUGUUCUGAUGCGCCAUUCGGCCAACCGUACCAAGACCGGCCAGUACCUGGAGGCCAACCUACAGUCCCACCAACUCGAAACGGGCAUCUCCUUUCCCCUUCUUCAACAAGAACCCACCAACACCGGGAUCCUUGCCUCCGAAACAUGGCUCAAACGGGUUUGGAUCGAGCUCGACUCAUUGGGCAUCAGAGUCGAGAUCUCCUCCCCUCCCUUGUCCCUCCACUGUGUCGACGAUCGUCUCUUGAUGGACGUCUUCAUCGAUGCCUUGGUCGACCAAGAGGACUUGCUGUGGCUCAACUGGUGCCGCCAAUAUCUCCAAGUCACCACCCUCUCGGAACUCACCACCGCCGACGGGUGUUCCCUGACGGCAGCUUCUCUUGCCGGCCAACCCUCCGGACACUUUGUGACCAGCUACAAUUGGCCCCAAACUCGACACCCUGACCCCUCUCACUGCGACCUAUGGCGACGCGUCCUCUCUCAAGCUGUCCUCCGCCCCUACAGCCGCCGUCGCCGAUUGUUGCAGCCCCUCGGACCGUGGUCUGACUUGCUAGACCGAUGGACCUGGCUCUUCUCUCGCACUGCUUUGAUCCUCUUCCAUCGGACGGACAAAAACCUAGCAAUCUACCAGCCCAUCAACUUGCGUUCACAUAAGACCUUCCGAGGGGAUCUUCACAACACCUGGACGGGCGCCCUUCCCGGGGACGUCCAACGGGCCUCAGUCAACCUUCACCCACGGACAGCCUACGUCACUGUCACAGGCACAGCCCCGGUAGAUCCACCAGACCAGGAGUCCUUGCCAGCCUCGAUCCUUCACACCUGGAGGGAAUUGGCAGCCGACAUGGACGACGAUUGGGGAUGGGUCCCGGAAUCCAUCUACAUUGAGGGUGACGAACAAGUCCUACUGGAGGCACUGGAGAAGGGAAAGCUACGGGUGAUCAGCGGUGGCUCCUUCAAGCAACAAGUGGGCACAGCCCCUGUCCAGCUACGAACUAGACGGGGAGGGCACGUCAUCUGGAUCAAGUGCCGUACACCUGGUAAUCGAGAGGAUCAGAGUGCGUACCGGAGUGAACCUAUUGGUCUGUUAGCUGGUAUCUUGGUGGCUUCUUGGCUCCGCCUACGCCUACAGUCCCUCGCAAAGCCACAAGUCCGUGUGGCGUGUGAUGGGAUUGCCGCGCUUUGUCAGGCCUUCUUGACUUGGCCGCUGUCUCCCACCGCCCCACACUUUGAUCUCUUGUCCUCCAUCCGCGAGGCCAUAGAAAAAAUUAUUUCAGAAACGAGACAACACGCAUUCCGGCAGAACCAACCAGUCUGCCUCGCGUAG